GUUUCUCUCCAUCUGAAACAGAAGUUGCAGACUUUAUCCGAAGCGAAUCUAGGGUUUCAUCUCUCUCUCUCCUUUAAUCAUCAGAUCCUCGAAACCCUAAUCCUCGAAUCAGGUCUCAGCUUCUUUGUCCGUUUUUACCCAUCAGAUCAACAAAGUUUCAUGUCUGAACUUGAUUCCCAGGUCCCUACUGCCUUCGACCCGUUUGCUGAUGCGAAUGCUGAGGACUCAGGUGCGGGAACAAAGGAGUACGUCCACAUUCGUGUGCAGCAGCGUAAUGGUAGAAAAAGCUUGACAACCGUCCAGGGGCUUAAGAAAGAGUACAGCUACACUAAGAUACUUAAAGACCUCAAGAAAGAGUUUUGUUGCAACGGUACUGUCGUUCAAGACUCCGAACUCGGACAGGUUAUCCAGCUUCAAGGAGACCAGAGAAAGAACGUCUCUACGUUCCUAGUCCAGGCUGGGCUUGUGAAGAAGGACAACAUCAAGAUCCAUGGUUUCUAAGCUGCAUUGUCUCUAAGAUACUGUUUGCUUUAUUCUGCUCUGCUGUUAUCCUUACUGUUAUCAAAACACGAAGUUCCUCUUUGAUGAUCUCUUGUUUCUCGUUUAUUUCGAACUUCUAUAGUAUGUUCUUUGUGUUACUCUUGCUACUUGUGUGAUAUGAGAUCGUUAAGAAUUCCUCCUUGACUUCAUUUCUUGUUUGUCUUUUUCUACAAAUUCUGAAGAGUGUAAACUAGGAUACUAGGUCAAAGUGUGGAAUAAACUGAAUCGAUCCUCUUU